AAGUCGGAGGUUCCUGGCGGCGUGCGUUGUGUUGACACUUGACAGAGCAAUUGUCCUAGGUUUUCGAGCUAAAAACUAGCAAUGUUUAUUGCACGUGGCAACAGCUUUAUAACGAUGUGUUAUUCCUUUUGAAAGUACAACGGGACUUUGUAAAGCACUGCGGAGUGUUCUAGAGGUUUUUAUUAUACUGCUGGAGGACGGUUUCGUGAUGAAUUAGCUAUCGGAAACCAGCUAUCUGGCUAACGUUACAUUGAUAAGAACAUAAUUUGUCUGUUUUAAUUUACUAUCUGAGAUUGAGAAUGCACAUCAAGGAAUGUAUCGUGUCUGCCCCUGGGAAAGCUAUCCUCCACGGUGAACACGCUGUGGUGCAUGGCAAGAUGGCUCUGGCCGUAAGUUUGAACCUGCGCACAUACCUGCAGUUGCAGGCCACUUUCACCAGUAAAGUCUGCAUUAAUCUUCCCAACAUCAACGCUUUCCUCAGUUGGGAUGUGACGGUGUUGAAUCAGCUGGUUCCUGACUCAGAAGCUGAUCUGCGAAAUAUGGACGAGCUUGAUAUUGAGCUAGUCAGGAGGCUGCGAGACUUUGUUGGUAUACCAAAUGGAGCAUUAGAUACUCGCAGCAUGGCCAUUCUUGCCUUUCUCUACAUCUACAUCUCUAUCUUUGCUGGGUCAGGGGAGUUGCCCAGCCUGACUGUGUCUGUGUGGUCAGAGUUACCAACUGGAGCAGGUCUGGGCUCCAGCUCUGCCUACUCUGUGUGCCUGGCUGCCGCUCUGCUCUCCGCCAGUGGAACCAUUCCUUCUCCCUUGAGUGACCAAGAAAACACAGCCAGGUGGGGUGUGGCAGAGAUGGAGCUGAUCAACAGGUUUGCCUUCCAGGGUGAGAGGAUCAUCCAUGGGAACCCGUCCGGGGUGGACAACGCUGUGGGCACGUGGGGUGGCAUAUUGAGAUACCAUUCUGGGAAAAUAACACCCUUAAGCAGGGUACCAAUGUUGAGGAUCCUACUCACAAACACCAAAGUCCCCCGCAGCACCAAAGUACUGGUUGCUGGAGUGAAGGACAAAAUGAACAAGUUUCCCUCCAUUAUAAACCCUGUGCUGGACUCGGUGGAUGCCAUCUCCUGCACCUGUGAGCAGACGUUAUCAGAGAUGACCAGCGACAGUCCCACGCCGGAGCACUACGAUAUCCUGGAGGAGCUUAUUGACAUUAACCAGCACCACCUGAAUGUGAUGGGUGUAGGACAUCCAGCACUAGACAACCUCUGUCGGGUCACCCUAGCCAGGGGGCUGCACAGCAAGCUGACGGGUGCCGGGGGAGGGGGCUGUGCCAUCACCCUGCUUAGACCCGAAACUGAACACUCUGUGGUCCAGAACACGGUCCAGGACUUGAGAGAGUGUGGCUAUGACUGCUGGGAGACCAGGAUCGGUGCCGCAGGCGUUCAGGAGCACUCCCCCCUGGCUGUCAAAGAGGAGGUCCUGGAGGUGUUGGCGCGCUACUGAGUGAAGAGUGAAGAGUGGAGGUCAAUGAAUGUGGUCAUACAAGUCUUCCAUUAUUCAAGCAUGCCAGGGAACAAUGGAAGAGUACUCGUGGGACCAUAUGUUAAUUCUAUGUCCACUCCUGAAUUAUACUGCCUUUUCCCAUCAGUCAAGGCGUGCUUUCUGUUUCAGGAGAGGAGCAUGGCUGAUCACCUGGUAAUCACUUGUUUUUCUCAUUUGGUGCAGCCGCAGUACCACGGUUCUAGUGCCACUGGGGGUGGAUGAUCUCUCACUACAUUGAAAUUAGUGGUUCGAAAUUUUUCUGUUUUUGUUAUGUGCCCUCUAUUCCCUGGCCCGACCUGAAUGUUUCAGAAGUAGUCAUGGGCUGUUUUAGGUUUAGCCUGAGCGUAUUAAGAGUCCAAAAUAAGUUGGUGUGAAAAUCUAGAGAAACCCCUCCAAUGUUGGUUGCUCUAAAAUCUGGUUUUGAUGACACAGAGUCUCCCCACAGUAAAACCCGCACAGUGGAAAAACAUGGAAAGGACUGUAUUUUUUUCGGUGUGCUGGCUGUCAGUACAUGACUUGUUCAUUCCAAAGGAGACUGCUGUGAGCUGUUUGUCCAAUAGAUGGCAGCAAAAUGUAAUAACUGUACUAAGAACUACAUACUAGUGACUGGUUCAAUGCUUGAUUCAGAAGUCAAUACCAUGCCAUGGCAGAUGCAUCUCUUGUUAAACUGACCAUUUUAAAAAUGAAAAUAAACUGUGCAUCUUUCUGUU